GUUUGAUUGGUCAGAAUUUCCCCGCGAAAACGACGUCACGCCAGCGAUUUCGCGCCACUCUGCAUGUAUUUGGAGAGAAGGAUCCGCAGUGUGAGUGUUCAAAAUGUCUUCCCCAUCCUCGAGCGCCCGCAAGCGAGGCAGGAGCAGCAAUCCUCCAACCCCUGGUAGUGAGGAUGUCCUGUCUCCGUCUCCUCGCGCUCGUGAGCCGUCUACAGGAGAACUGCAGCCCAUGCCGACGUCCCCGGGUACAGACCUGCAGAGCCCCGCGGUACAGGACACCUCCCUCUUCUCCAGCCCCAUGCCCCGACGCUCCGUUCCUCAGAGUGAAGUGGAUAUGAGCUCUCCUCUCAUAUACGACACACCGAGCAGAGGAACGCCGGCUCGACAGAGACCUGAUCUGGGGUCUGUCAGAAAGGCUCCGCAAGUGGACCUGAACUCUGACACGCCGUCUGGAGAAGCUGCUGUAGCCAGUGAGCAGGCCGCUGGUCAGAGACUCGUCAUCUGGGGAACUGAUGUUAAUGUGGGAACCUGUAAGGAGAAGUUUCAGCGCUUCCUGCAGCGAUUUAUUGAUCCGGAGUCCCGGGAGGAUGAGAACGCAAGUCUGGAUCUUAAUGAGCCGCUUUACUUGCAGAAACUGGACGAGAUCAGUGUUGUUGGGGAUCCUGUGUUGAAUGUAAACUGCAGCCACAUUCAGGCGUUUGAUGCUGAUCUUUACCGUCAGCUCAUCUCAUAUCCUCAGGAGGUAAUCCCGACGUUUGAUAUGUCCGUGAAUGAGCUGUUCUUCGAUCGAUUCCCUGAUUCUGUUCUGGAGCAUCAGAUCCAAGUGCGUCCCUACAACGCCCUGAAAACCAGGAACAUGCGCAGCCUCAACCCUGAAGAUAUUGAUCAGCUCAUCACGAUCAGUGGGAUGGUGAUCAGAACAUCACAGCUGAUCCCGGAAAUGCAGGAGGCGUUUUUCCGCUGUCAGGUUUGCGCGUUCUCCACGCGGGUGGAGGUGGAUCGCGGACGCAUCGCCGAGCCGGCGGUCUGCAGACACUGCAACACCACACACAGCCUGGCGCUGGUGCACAACCGCUCCGUCUUCUCCGACAAACAGAUGAUUAAACUUCAGGAAUCUCCAGAGGACAUGCCCGCGGGUCAGACGCCCCACACGACCGUGGUGUACGCCCACAAUGACCUGGUGGACAAAGUGCAGCCCGGAGAUCGAGUUAAUAUCACCGGUAUCUACAGAGCAGCACCCAUGCGUGUUAACCCUCGGCAGAGUCAGGUGAAAUCUGUGUAUAAAACUCAUAUCGAUGCGAUUCACUUCCGGAAGACGGACGAGCGCCGGCUGCACGGUCUGGACGAGGAGAACGAGCAGAAGCUGUUUACGGAGGAGCGCGUCGCUACGCUUAAAGAACUCGCUGCCAAACCCGACGUUUAUGAGCGUCUGUCCUCGGCCCUCGCGCCCAGCAUCUACGAACACGAGGAUAUCAAAAAGGGAAUCCUGCUGCAGUUAUUCGGCGGCACGCGGAAAGACUUCAGCCAGACGGGUCGAGGAAACUUCAGGGCCGAGGUGAACAUCCUGCUGUGCGGAGACCCCGGAACCAGUAAGUCCCAGCUGCUCCAGUACGUGUUUAACCUGGUGCCGCGAGGACAGUACACUUCUGGUAAAGGCUCCAGCGCCGUGGGUCUCACCGCCUACGUGAUGAAGGACCCCGAGACUCGGCAGCUGGUGCUGCAGACCGGCGCUCUGGUUCUCAGCGACAACGGAAUCUGCUGCAUCGACGAGUUCGACAAGAUGAGCGACAGCACCCGGUCUGUACUGCACGAGGUCAUGGAGCAGCAGACCCUCUCCAUCGCCAAGGCUGGGAUCAUUUGUCAGCUGAAUGCACGGACCUCUAUUCUAGCAGCAGCCAAUCCGGUGGAGUCUCAGUGGAACCCGAAGAAAACUACAAUUGAGAAUAUUCAGCUCCCCCACACACUGCUCUCCAGGUUUGAUCUGAUCUUCCUGAUGCUGGACCCUCAGGACGAGGCGUAUGACCGGCGGCUCGCCCACCACCUGGUUGCGCUGUACUACCAGAGCGAGGAGCAGAUAGUGGAGGAGUAUCUGGACAUGGCUGUUCUGAAGGACUACAUCGCCUAUGCUCGUACCUACAUCAACCCAAGACUCAGUGAAGAAGCAAGUCAAGCACUUAUUGAGGCGUACGUGGACAUGAGGAAGAUCGGCAGUGGAAGAGGCAUGGUGUCUGCUUACCCUCGACAGCUGGAGUCCUUGAUCCGUCUGGCUGAAGCCCACGCUAAAGUCCGCUUCUCAGACAAAGUGGAGACCAUCGACGUGGAGGAGGCCAAGAGACUCCACAGAGAGGCCCUGAAGCAGUCCGCCACUGAUCCCAGAACAGGCUUCGUGGAUAUUUCCAUCCUCACCACAGGUAUGAGCGCCACCGCAAGAAAGCGUAAAGAGGAAGUGGCGCAAGCCCUGAAGAAACUCAUCCAGUCGAAGGGCAAGACUCCAGCCAUGAAGUACCAGCAGCUGUUCGAUGACCUACGUGGCCAAUCAGAGGCUGCCAUCACCAAGGACAUGUUUGAUGAAGCACUCCGAGCGCUCGCUGAUGAGGACUACCUAACAGUCACAGGAAAGACUGUGCGUCUGCUGUAAAUAUACCCAGAAGUUGGAUUAAUUAAAGAUCUUUACGAACUCUAUUGUCUUGAAAACUGAUGUAUUUUUUUUGUCUUCCUGUUGUGCAUUUAAUUGUUGAUUUUGUAUGAAGUCAUGUUACUGUUUGCAAUAAAAAAUGUUGUAUUUGCUGUUCAUA